UUGGUACUGCCUCAGUAGCAGUCUGGGGUCACUCCAACCCCCAGAACUGAACUUGUACUUUAGUCAAUCCUCUUCGGAAGCAACGUUGAAAUAAAGUAUAAACUAAUUGCCACUACCUGAGAGCAACAGAAAUAUGGUAACCAAUACCAAAGUCAGCGAUAUUCGCUGGAUAUAUCUUGUCACAUUCCUGGAUUUUUUCGCCGUUGGAUUGAUUUUACCUUCAAUGUCGAUGCAUUUAAAUAAAUUAGGUGCAUCGUUUUCAACUAUAGGCGCUAUUUCCUCGAUUUAUGCUGCAACUCAACUUAUCAGUGGACCAUUGAUUGGCAGUUGGAGUGACAGAAUUGGACGAAAAAAUAUAUUUAUCGUUUCUUGCUUAAUAAUUGGAGUUUGUUACACUCUUUUUGGAAUGGUGGAAUCAAUAUUUCUCAUGCUGAUUCUCAGAGUGACAAUAGGAGUCUUCAAACACUCCCAGGUGAUGAUCCAGGCCUUGAUAACAGAUCUCUACCCCAAGGAAAAUCAAUCAGUCAUGUUUGGAAAUUUAAAGUCAAUAACAGGAUUGAGUUUUGCAUUGGGACCAUUAAUAGCUGGUCACAUGACAGAAAUCGAGGAUGGAUUUAUACUCACCUGUUUCAUUAGUGGCAUAUUAUUCAUAAUUAAUGCUGUGAUAGCCCAUUAUUGUUUCGGUGACAAGCUGAUCUGUCGAGAGUCGAAAACUCCCGAAGAAACAAAAAAAAAUGGAAAGCCGAAAAAAUUGCCAUUUAAAAAAUUCAAUGAAGUAAUCUCAAGCUUAGGUGAAAUUAACUGGAGGGUAUUUGGAAAUGCGUUCGCUCUGAAAUUUAUGGCAGAAGUGGCAGCUAUUGCCUUUUACGCGAAUUAUAACGUGAGGAUAAAAAGAAGAUUCGGUAUAUCACCGAAAAUAGCUGGAUACACAAUAGCUUACCAAAGUUUCAUAGGAAUAACUACGGGCAUUUUAAUUGGCAGAAUAAAGACAAAAUUUUACAAAGAGGAUAUUUGGUACAAAAAAAGAAACCUCCAUGCAUUUACGAUGAUGACAGUGAGCUUUAUCUGCACUUAUUUCUCAACGUACUUUUUUCUUUAUAUGGUAUCAACGACAUUUUUCAAAAUAGCGGAUAUGAUUCUAAGGGUUACAUUGACAGAAAUGAUUGUGGAAAAGGCAUCUGCUACUAAUCAAGGAUCUAUCGCAGGAUCUACGGAGAGCGUUGGAAGUCUAGCGCGAAUGAUUGCUCCUCUAUCCACUGGAAUAGUUGAGGAUAUUUGUGGGAUCAAUAGUGCUAAUUUAUUAUCGGCUGCCGUUAGUUUAUGCGGAGUCUAUAUAUGUUCCAAAAUAUCGACGAGGCGGUCGGAAAGAAAUUAGACCUUAAUUUUUUUUUCUCUCUCAAUAAUGCAAUCGAUUAUUUAAUAUGUUCUUUUGUUUAUUAUUAUUAGCGUAUAUGGCAAUAAAUCCCAACAUUUAUUAUAAAAUUAUUUUAUUGUUAAUAAAGAAUAACAGUACAUUGA